UAUCCUCUGUGUAAUAGCAGUCUCGCUCUCAAUACCUCUCCUCUCUCUCUCUCUCUCUCUCACACGCACAAACAACAGUUCCUUGAUGUUCCUUCUCCACUUUCUCUCUGUCUUUUAUUUUUCUCAGGUUUUUCUCGGAAAAGAAAGUAAAGUCUGGUCAAUUUCCAUGUGAAAACUCCCCCACAAGAAAACAAAAACAAAAAAGAAAGAAAAGAAAAACCUUGGUUCUUAGUACCGGUCUCUCUUUCUCUCGCUCACACUUGCACUCUCACUCACAAGUAUCGCUACAUUAUUGUUGCUUAGUUUUUAGCUCCUUUUUUCUUUGAGAGAAAUAUACGUAUGGAGGAUUUUCACAGGAUGAACGCAGGUGUGAUAUCUGCAGGCUCAGAUGAUCAUGUGAAUGUUCAUCAGCAAGUUGAAAAUAUGGCUACUAGUACUAGCAGCGCCAAUUGUGGUGGGUUUCAUGGCAGUGGUCAUGUGGUGGAUGAUCAUAACAUGCUGUUAUUUGCGACGGAGGGUUUGGGAUCCGAUCAUAUGUCUGAUCUGAUAAAGUCCCAGAUAGCCAGUCAUCCUCGUCUCCCUGAUUUAGUAGCUGCAUACCUUGAAUGCCAAAAGGUUGGAGCACCAGCGGAGAUGAAAAAUCUGCUUGAAGAAAUUGAAAGGGCAAGCCACCCCAUGAGCACUUGCAGUGAGAUAGGAGCUGAUCCUGAACUUGACGAGUUCAUGGAAUCAUAUAUUGAGGUUCUCCAUAGAUACAAGGAGGAGCUAUCUAAACCAUUCGAUGAAGCAACCACAUUCUUGACCAACAUUCAAACUCAACUUAGCAACCUCUGUAAAGGGACAUUCUCAAAAACCUGGGACUAUCACUCUGAUGAAGGGGUUGGCAGUUCGGAGGAGGAACUUAGCUGUGGGGAGGUGGAAGCAGCAGAGGGUCAAGACACUGGUGGUGCUCGUUCUAGUGGUGAUCGGGAACUGAAAGAUAUGCUGCUGAAUAAGUACAGUGGCUACCUUAGCAGCUUGAGGAAGGAGUUCUUAAAGAAAAGAAAGAAAGGGAAACUACCAAAGGAUGCCAGGAGUACCCUAUCGGACUGGUGGAUUACUCACUAUAGGUGGCCAUAUCCUACGGAAGAGGAGAAACUCCAGCUGUCUGAGAUGACUGGAUUGGACCAAAAGCAGAUUAACAACUGGUUCAUAAACCAGAGGAAGAGGCAUUGGAAACCAUCUGAGGACAUGAGGUUUGCUCUCAAUGAAGGUGUCGGCGGGAGCAUCGGAGGACCUAUGAUGUUUGACACUGGUGUUUGAGCUGGAAAUAUUCACGAUGAUAUGUGAUAUCAUUGUAUCAAGUAUUUGGUUGAUUCUAAUAUUCGACCUAAAUGUAGUAAUGUUAAGACUUAAAUGUUGUACAUUCUGUAUCUGUGAUAUAUCCUUUGAGCUGAGCCCAUC